AUGAGGACUUGCAUGAACCCCCAGACCUUCCUGCUGGCCUCCGCGCUGCUCUGCACCCUCCUGGGUCUAGGAUACCCACUAAGCUGUGAGGUGUGUACGGGCUCUGGACCCACAUGCAGUGGAAAUGUGCAGACUUGCAACCAUGACCAGGACUCCUGCGUGGUCACCGUGGCUGAGACCAGCAAAAAGGGACACCGGUCGGUGAACACCUACAAGGCAUGCAUCAAAUCCAGCGCCUGCAGCUCGGGGUUCUUCUCCAUCACCAUGGGCCCUGAGAAAUACAUGGUAUCCAACACACGCUGCUGCCAGGGCGACACCUGCAACCGCGAUCCCGUGCCCGCUCCCCAGAACAAUCGGACGGAGAAUGGCCUCCAGUGCCCUACCUGCAUCGCCCACUUCAAGGAAACAUGCUCUUCGACUCAGCAAGUGCCCUGUGUUGGCAAGGAGAGCCGCUGUGCUGCAUUCACUGGCAAAGUGCAGACGGGUAUCAUAUUUGCUACUCAGGGCUGUGCUACAGAGAAUGCCUGCCACACCAAGCCUGGGACCCUGGUGCCCUCAGCCUCUCGUAUCUACACCAUCACCCGGGCUAACUGUCCUCCAGACUCCCAGCCUUCUGGCAAGGCUAAGUAAAGAACUGAGGCUUAAGUGCCGUUUGGUCUCCAUUUCUUCUCAGCUACAGCUUCCCAUCUGCCAAUAUAUUAAACAAGUGAA